AUGAAGAAGUAUCUGAGUGGCUCGAUCGCAGACCUCACACAAGCGGAAGCAAGAUCGUAUGGCAAGAUCGCGGCCGCUACGAGGCUCUACUCUUUUACUGCCCCCACGCCGAGAUCGGGGGACGAUCGCGACCGAUUGCUGAGAUUGGUAGUUCCCGAAACGCUGCAAUCGGACGUCUUACACCACUAUCACACGACGUUGGAAGGAGGACAUCAGGGAGUGGGGCGUACCUACCAGCGAAUCAGGGAUCACUUCCACUGGAGGGGAUUAUACCGGAGUGUUCAGCGAUAUGUGGGGGAAUGUGUGGAUUGUGAAACAGGAAAAGGAAAACCGGCGACGUACCCGUUCCAGAUCAUUGCGAUGGAUCACAUACCGUCGCUACCCAGGUCGCACAAGGGAAACACAGAGUUAUUGAUCUGGGUCGAUUUGUUCACAGGAUAUGUGAUCGCGAAAGCCAGCUCGUCCCGAUCGGCUCAGACGGUGGCGAAAUCGUACGGAGAGUGUGUAUUUCGACGAUUUGUUGCCAGUGAGAUGAUCCGGCACGAUCGAGAACCCGGCUUCAUGUCCAAUUUCUUUUGGGAAUUCAAUAAGAUCCUGGGACAACGGCAGCGGGCUACGAUGGCAUAUCGGCCACAAGCUAACGGGACAGCUGAGAGAAUGGUGCAGACCGCGACCAGGGCGCUCAAGAUGUACGUCCGCGAUCUCGAUCAAAAGGAUUGGGACGUAUUUGCCGAAUGCCUUACCUUCGCGAUCAAUACGGCUUACGAUCGGAUCCGAGGAGGUACCCCUCAUUAUUUGGUGCAUGGGUGGCAUCCGAGAUCGACGUUGGAGGCUACACUGCCAGUCGGAUACGGCGCGAUCGAGACGCGCAGCGGUGACGAUAUCGAGUCCAGCGAUAUUAUCAGCAAUUCCGAGAACAAAUUGAAGGAGGCCAUUGCAGAUCGGGCCGACCGGCACAACGAGGACGUCGGAUCACACCAGAUCGAGGCCGGGUCUCCCAUAGGAUACGCGCGGAAAUUGGCUCACCUGUGGCAUGGGUCGUUCCGAGUCACCGAGAAGAUCAACUAUUUCAGUGUCAAGCUCAAAAUCGCAGGUACCGGGUACCAGAUCUUCCCAGUUGUGCACGUGUCGAAGUUGAAAUUGGUAAAGGAUUUUCCGGAUCUGCCGCGAGUGGAACUUACGGUAGAUAAGGCGGAGCGUCUCGAUUUCGACGAGAUCCUGCUCCCGGAGGACAGUUGGGUCCCGGAUCUAGGGGCCGAUGAGUAUGAAGUCGAGCGGAUCUCUGAUGGGCGGAAUGGGAAGAAGACGAGAUUUGGUCGGAUCUACCGAGAAUUCCUGGUCGACGAAGCGGAUCUCAACUGCGGGACAAAAUUGAACGCAUUCCUACGAGACCGGGCUAAUCGGAACCGCUUCCAUGUGUUGCAAUUACAUGAGGAGGUGUAA